UAACACUGUCCUGAGGAAGUAAGAGACUUUACGAAAAUUUGUUACAUUUCUACGUUGGUCUUUGCCAAUUAAUAAUAAUUUUAAAAAAAUCCCAAAAUAAAGCGAUGCCAGCUCAACCAGCCCCAAGGGAGCCCGAGGAGGAGAUGGAAGUUGAGGGUGAGCCCGAGGUGCCGGAAGCCAAUGGGGUGCUGGACGAGGAGCGAGAGCGAGAAGGUGGCGAGGGUGAGGAGACAGCGGAGGAGAGCGGGGAAGACCGAGAAAGCGAAAGAGGGAGCAACCCGGAGGACAGCGAAGCUGAAGAGGAAGAAGAAGAAGAGGAGGAGGAGGAGGAGGAGGAGGAAGAGGAGGAGGAGGAGGAGGAGGAGGAGAGUUCAGAGAUGGACGAUGAGGACUGUGAACGGAGGAGAUUAGAAUGCCUGCACGAAAUGUCAGACCUGGAGAAGCAAUUCCUGGAACUUAAAGACAAGCUGUUCCGGGAGCGGCUGAGCCAGGUGAAAAUGAAACUAGACGAAGUGAUUGCUGGGCGGGCAGCGGAGUACAAGGAGCCGCUGGCUGUCCUCCACAAGAACAUGCAGCUACGCACCGAGGUUGCCGGGGUCUACAAAGAGCUGUGCCUACAGGUGAUCAAACACAAGUAUGAAUGUGAGAUACAAGGCGCCCGGCAACACCUGGAGAGUGAGCGAUCGCUACUGCUGGACACCAUGAAGACAGAGCUUCUGGACAAGAUACACAGGCUGGAAGAGGACUGGCAGAGCAGAGACAUCAGCUCAGAGUGGUGGAGCGAUGAAGGGAGAGGGAAGAAGUAUAAAAAGAGGAGUCACUCCAUGCGACCCGAACGAAGGAAGAAAGCAGCCCUGGUGUCCGGGCCCUACAUAGUCUACAUGCUGAGGGACAUUGACAUCCUGGAGGACUGGACUGCCAUUAAAAAGGCGAAAGCAGCACUUUUGCCACCCCUGAAGAAGAAACCUGAAAACAGGCAGCAGUACUGCGCUCGCUGCCAGGGUGGUGUACUCUACUAUGAGGGGGAGCGCUUCUGCAAAGGGAACACUAUCCUGCUGAAUAUCAAGGAGGAUGCCACCUCACAGGCGGUGAUAACGGCAGUGAGCACGGGGGAGGUCUGGCUGAGGCGCACGGACGGCAGCAAAACCAAGAUCUACGUCUCGCAGCUGCAGAAAGGCAAAUACACCAUCAGCAAAGUGUGAGGGAGAAGACGGUUGGUCCUCGAGCGCCUUUCAGCGCGAGUGCAGGCACGCUCUAGCUGCCUUGGGCCGCACUCUGAUUCUAACCAAUAUUUGCACUUGGAUGAGUACUACUAGGACCUAUUUAUCACUACGAUAACCUUAGCCCCACUUAUUUAUAUUGUUUCAAAAACUGUACGUUGGUCAGAAAUGGUGUUUUUAAAUAGACUAUUUAAAAAAAGAGGUCUUCAGUAACCAUGUAUUUAUGUCCAUCUGUCCAAAAUCCCGACGUAGUUUUGUCGCUGAUCUGAUGCUAACGUCAGACUGAUAACAGGAGAGGACGUGACCGAGCAACGCAGUGGAAGUACACUGGCUCUGUGUGUCGUGGAGCAAAAGAGACCGGAGUUUUCUCAGCCGGCUGUUGGUUAAAACACUCGGAAACAGCAUACGAAUGUGGGAGCGCUUUCAUUCAACUCACUUCCGCGGUGUUUGAGAUCAGUACUAAGGUGAGGAACACUGCACAUCAAUGGGAUUAAAUCAGUCUGCAUUAAAGAGGAGUCUGUGGAGACGGUCUUUUUAUUUUCAGUCAUCUCGAAUCAGUUUUAGUAACCUCCGACUUAUGUUAAAAAUGUUAAAAUGAAACGACAGUAUUUUACGUAUUGAAGUUUUAUGCAAGACUGUUACAAAACUUCACUCGUAAAUAUAUCAAAGGACACCUCUAUUAACUUUUUAAUGGUGCACAUAAUAAAUUUGAAAGUGUCCAGAAGCUGAUGGGAUGAACAGGUCAACUGUCAGGAUUGAUGAGAAGGUUGAGGAAAUGAUGGAUUUUUCACAUAUUUUCAGUAAUUUCAUAUUAGUUUUAAAUGUUUUAAGUGAAGUCUGAGAUUUUUAUUUAACUAUGAGGAUGCUAUAGAACCUAACCGGCGAGUUAAUUGAAGGACAUCUUUAUUGUUCAGCUUUCAUUGAUUGUGACUGUGGUGAAAGUGACACUAGCUUUACAAAUGCACUCCUGAAUUAACUUGUGUCUCCGCGUUGUCUGUAAGCCAGCGUAACGCACACAUGGUGCAGUUCUCUGUGUCGCUAACAGGUGGCGCAGUGUCUUCAUCCACACGGUAGACGAGCACGUCGUGAUGCUCUGCAUAGCGAUCAGCGCAUGGCUGUGCUACGCACAUAUGGAGUCGCGCCGAUAAAUGUAUCUCGAACCGCGCGUGGCAAAGCCUGUCUGCUUCACGGCAAUAAAAUUAACUAUUUGUUCCACACAUCUUCAGCUGCUCAUGGCUAGAGGGGCCAACUGCAGUAACUCAAGUCACAUUGCUGAAGGCUCUUAUUGUGCAAUCUUUGACUGUUUUGGGACAAAUGUCACACUUCAGCCUGCUCUCCUUAAUAUAAAUUAAAUGUCAGAAUUGAAGCAGCAGUUUAUUAUUCUCGGCAGAACAGCGUGCACAGUCAACUCGGGGAAUUGAAGUCUCCCAAGGACUCUCCAUUUCCUGUCGGUGUGGUACGACUGGAGCAAUUUAUGAAUUACCCUUGGGACCCCUGACUACUGCAAACUCCACACUCCUACUGAAACAGAUUAAAUCUCAAAUUCCAAACAGGUUUGAUUAUGAUUUUUAAGCACAGCGAAGCAAACGUGUUCUCGCUAAGCAAAAUUACCGUUUUGUAUCGUGUAGCGUCUUAAAAUUGCAGAGUUAAUUUGAAGACGGUGCAGAAACAUAUGGUGAGCGUCUGCUGAUAUGCAGAUACGGGGUGGAUAGAGAAAUACUUGUCUGUUUAUUACAGCAUUGUGUUUUAAGAAUGAUUAGUCUUGAGUUAAAAUAAAAUACUGUAUCACUACCCAUAUAUUCUUAUCAGCUGAUGAAAGAUUACGUUGUGAAAUGAACGGGUUAAAGACCACAGGAUGACUGCUCUCCUCCAGAACCUUGAUAAUGUCAUACAAUUGCGAAUCCCAGCUGUUUUUUUCUAAAACUUUUACAAACAAUAUCUAGGCAGUCCCAGGUCAAAGAUUCAACAAGGUAAUGUAAUUGUGUUUAAUUUACUGUUAAUCACUGCUGUACCGUGAGGACAUGGCACACAGACACUGC